UCCUGGGCUCAAGUGAUCCUCCUGCCUUGGCCUCCCAAACUGCUGGGAUUACAGGUGUGAGCCACCGCGCCCGGUUACCUGUGAUCCUCUACAGAAGGGAACAAGGGUUGGGCUGUACAGGGUCUCUGGGCCCUGAACCAGGGUUGUGAUUGGCUUGAGCUGGACAAUGCUAUUGUGAUGUCAGCCCACACCCACUGUGAAAUGCAGGCUCCUGAGCUCUGGGGGCCUGUGGAGCUGCUGUCUAGACACAGAUCAUGGUGAGCCUGGGGUCCUCUUGCCUCCAGCCCUUAGAUGUGUGCCCCAUUCCAGAAACCUGCCGAGUUGUUCAGGGAUCCACCCCACUGCACUUGGAAAGGGUGGGCAAUGGGUCGCAGGCCCCCAUAUGGUACAAUGAAACCUGGAAGGCUCUGGCUAGGUCUGAUUCCAGGCUAAGGCACCCCGUCUCCAACCAGGGAUUAGUAGUCCUGGGGUGGGGGGCCCUAACCCCUACAGCUGCCCCCUCAAAGUGGGUGCUGAGCCAGCCCCUCUACUUGAAGUUCUGUGGCCCACCUCCCCGCCCAAAGUUGCUGGGUAUGUGGACCAGGGACUGGAUCACUGUCCCACCCAGGUCCUGACACCUGGCCUUUGCAGAGUGGCGGGUAUGAUCUCAACCUCUUCGCCAGCCCUCCUGACAGCAACUUUGUGUGCUCCGUCUGCCAUGGGGUUCUCAAGAGGCCAGCAAGGUUGCCAUGCAGCCACAUCUUCUGCAAAAAGUGCAUUCUCCAGUGGCUAGCCAGGUGCCACCGGGUACCCAAGGGGCGGGGAGGGUAGGAGUGAGACUGGGGGCCAUUGCUGUGGCCCAGAACAGAAGGGAAAGUCAGCCAAAAGACUCAGCCACGAAAUCUCCCUAAACUAAAAUGUGUAUAUCCUCACUCAGUGGCAUCUGCAGACCCCGGCCCCAGCCUCGGAGCUGAGAGCGCCGUGUAAUAUGCCCUGAUGCCUCCUCCAGCUGAUGAAGGGACCACCUGGGUCACAGAGUGAGAGCUUGACCAGGGCUCCCUUCCCACUCCCAACACUCACCCCUGCUCAUGCCUCCUUCCAGACAAAAGACCUGUCCCUGCUGUAGGAAAGAGGUGAAAAGGAAAAAGAUCAUCUGCGUGAAUAAACUCCGGAAAACCAUUGGCCGCCUGGAAGUCAAGUGCAAGAACGCCAAUGCUGGCUGCAUAGUGACGUGCCCCCUGGCCCAUCGCAAGGGGCACCAGGACUCAUGCCCCUUUGAGCUAAUGGCCUGCCCCAACGAGGGCUGCACCUCGCGCGUGCCGCGUGGGGCCCUGGCAGAGCACCGGCAGCACUGCCAGCAAGGAUCCCAGCAGCGCUGCCCCCUAGGCUGCGGGGCCACCCUGGACCCGGCCAAGCGCGCUCGCCACAACUGCUACCGGGAGCUGCAUAAUGCCUGGAGCGCGCGCCAGGAGCGCAGUCGGACCCUGCUGCUGUGCCUUCUGCGGCGGGUGCGCUGGCUGCACCGAGCUACCAGCGUCGUUCGCCGAGAGCUGGCGGAGCUCAGCAACUUCUUGGAGGAAGACACCGCUCUGCUGGAGGGCACCUCACAGGAGUCCAAGGUCACCCCAGAAGGCAACGCUGGGGCUGAGGUGGUGGGGGAGCCCAGGGCCAACGUAACCUAUAAAUAGGUCAAUAAAAGCGGAGCCCAGGCCUGCCUGCCUCUGUGCCUGCGGCCCUCACAACUGUCA